GCAAACAAGCAGCUGCAAGCGUCCGCAGGGGCAACAGCAACCGCGUGCUUAAAUUAGUCCCGGCACAACUGUCGUUCGCGUAACAUGUAAGGAGUUCGUUCGCGAGUCCUGCGCGCAUCGAGUGAGAAAUUCAGUAACAGAAACAAAUAUUCAUCAAUCGUUAUUUCUUUUUCAUCAAACGUGGUCAGAAUAAUUGUUAACGAAGCGUGAAAGCGAAAACCAUGAAAACAGUCCACUUUUGAGGGAAUCAAUUGUAUUAGUUUCGCGAGGACUCUAUAAUUAUGCAUCACAGUUGUUCAAGUUGAAUCUUCAGUGUUAAAAAGAGAAGCUCGAAUGGACUGCUGACGAACUAGGGGAAAUCUGGCCCCCAAGCAAUCGUAUGAAGGUUCAGGGAGCAAGAAAUAGCGGAAGAAGUGGAAGAUGCUGAUAUUGAGGCUGAUAGUGACGUUGACCGUCUGCUGGAUGGCCGGGUGCGACUUGCUGGACCUCUACGUCCAGCACAUGGACGAGACAAUGAGGACCCUGGCCUACAGGAACAGGUAUCACCCGAGGAACAUCGCGUCCAAAGUGAAAAGAAGUUUACGUGAAGAGCCUGUGCUCAGAGUAGGCACGUUCAAGAAACAACGUUUGGACGUCGACGAGGACUGGUACGCGCAAUGGAAGACCAAAAGGAGGAUUCCUUACAAAGAAGACGGUCUCGACUACCCGAAUUCUAGGGAGGAGAACCUCAACCCGAACCACUACGAGUUCCUGAAGAACGGAACUCGCGUUUCUAGCAAAGAUCCCGAGGAAACGACGAUGUCAAUAACGAGGAGCAACGAGACUUUGGGCUCAAACUCAGACUCAGAGUUAGACUCAGGGUUAGACAUGUUCGACAUUGAGCUCUCUAGAGAAGAAUCAUCCAAAUCCAACGAUACUGUGUUAAUAACUGAUAGACAAAGUUUGGAAACUGUUCUAGAGUCUAGAAAGGAGCCCCAAGAGACGGAGGAUCUCCAAAGUGACGUUGAAAUUGAAGGAAAUUCUCAGUUUGAGAUGAUUGGUGACCCCGACACAGUGCCCCCGAGCCUCCCAGACGAUCCCAUUUUGAAAAGGAUCCCGAAAACGCGUGAUCGCGUCCCGAAGAAGUAUGUUCCCCCCAUGGACAAGCUGGUGAAGCUGUUUCGAGGGUUUAAAUACUUAGAUUCUGAUGAGAUCGUGAACAACAGGCCCAAACGAAGCGUCGGGGAGCCAAAGUUCACCAGAUACGAGAUGCUCGACGACGAUGGCGAGGUUAUCCUUGAAUGGGAUCCCUCGGACGAGGAGAUGGUCACGUUCAAAGUCACCGCGAAGACCUUGGGCUACGUCAGCAUUGGCUUCAACGAGAAGAACCACAUGAAGGGGGCUGAUAUCCUUCUCGCCUGGGUGGACGAUCACACGCACACUGCCUAUCUACUGGACUCGCACGGGAUCGGGGAGCCAGACGCGACUCUGGUCACGGACGCGUCCCAGGACGUCAAGGUGCUCGGAGGUUCGCAAAACGAGACGCACACUAGCGUGGUGUUCUCGCGGAAUUGGCAAACCUGCGAUCCGCAGGAUCAUCGGCUCACGGGAGACACCAUCAGAGUCCUCUGGGCGUUGCACCAGACCGAUCCCGAACUAAACACUGCGAUUUGGCCCGGGGACAAGCGCGGUGGCAGAGCCUUGAGGCUAAAAACUGCCGCGCCCCAUUCACCGCCGCGAUACACGCAGGAUAUAAAACACUGGGACGUAAAAUUGCAUCAACCCCCGGUGUCGCAGAACGCGGACACGACUUACUGGUGCAAGAUCUUCAAGGCGCCCUACAAAGAGAAACACCACAUGAUCGGGUAUACACCGUUGGUGGAGAAGGCAAACGAGGACCUGGUCCACCACAUAAUAUUGUACGAGUGCGCGUCAACUCUGCCAAUUUUGGGACGUCACGCUAGAAUCGUCGGUGCGCCUUGUUACAGUCUUACGAUGCCCCGAGAGUGGGAGUCCUGUUUGCAGCCGGUGCUGGCUUGGGCUCGCGGCAGUACGGGAGAAUGGCUCCCGGAACACGUCGGUAUUCCCAUCGCGGAACACAGCGAGGGUUCUUAUUAUAUGCUGGAGAUACAUUACAACAACCCGGGCAUGAAGGAGGUGAUGGAUAGUAGCGGAGUGAGACUCCACCUGACACCGAAACAUCGUCCCGAAGAAGCGGGCAUUCUUGUCGCUGGCGUCGCUGUGAGUCCUCUGCAUCUGAUACCUCCGAGACAGAGGGAGUACGCCACGGCUGGAUACUGCACACCUCAUUGCACAAAUACGAUGUUCCCUGAAACUGGAAUAAAUGUGGUUUCCGUGGCGUUGCACUCCCAUCUGGCUGGUCGUCGUUUGAGCCUGAAGCACAUACGUCAGGGCCAGGAAUUGCCCCGAAUUGUCCAGGACAAUCACUUCGACUUCGAGUACCAACAGGCUCACACACUCGAGAAGGAAGUGAAGAUCCUUCCGGGCGAUGAGUUAGUUGCAGAGUGCGUCUACGGUACCUUGGACAGGACGAAACCAACUUUAGGAGGAUACGCUGCGUCGCAAGAGAUGUGCCUAGCUUUCGUUGUGCAUUAUCCAAGAACGCCUCUGGCAACCUGCUACAGCAUGACACCUGUAAAGGAUCUAUUCAAAACUCUCGGUGUAUAUAGCUUCAAGGGCGUCACCAUGGAUCACUUGGAGAAAUUGUUCCUAACUACCAGAACGGAUGCUCCAACGAUAGCAUCGACUGGCCAGCAACAAUUGCCAAUUUACUCUGCGACAAGGCCUAGCGAAGAAGUUGACGAGGAUCUUCUCAAAGAAGCAAAGUCAGCAUUGAGAGCGAUGAGGGACUACACGGUGGAACACGAAAAUGAUAAUGUUUUCACUCGACUCGUCAUCGAAGAACCUGAAGAGUUCAGAGGUCGAACCCUGGCGGAACAUAUAUUGGCGUUACCUUGGACCGAAGAGCUUCUUUCGAGGUCCAUUGAGUGGAGCCUUUAUCACGGAAGGCAUAUGACCUUCUGCAGGAAAAGGGACGACAAAUUAGCCCUGCCAGCGGAUAUUCAGACGUUCCCGAAUUACACGGCUCUGCCGGAAGUGAACGAGACGACGUGCAAGGAGAUCGGAAUUCCAUCCGGUUCGACGAGAAUCUCGUUCGCGGAUCUCACGGCAUUCUUGACGAUCGCGAUCGCGAUUAUCUUCGUUACGUAAAAGUCACGAUGACUUACGAAAUAAACACUGUACAGUAAUUAUUUAACAUACUUGUCUUGAGAAUUAUGCGGCUGUUUGAAACAGACUGAGAAGAUGAAUUCACAAUGAACGGACUA